UACUGAUGUAGGCUGCUUCAGAGACUAUGGAGAAAAAAUGGAUAUAUGGAGUUAUCUAUUCAUUCAUCCAGAUACAUCUUGUUUGUGGCUUCUUAGAAGGAACAUUUGAUGAAAGAAAAGUCAUCUAUGCUUCUCCUGGCACAGAUGUGAACUUGACCUGUCAGACUCAGAAGAGAAGCUCCUUGGUUCAGUCACAAUGGUCCAAGAUCACCAACAUCACAGAAAUGAUAGCUCUCUACCACCCUCAGCAUGGCUAUUACUGUGGUGCUCAGACCUGUGAGUCCUUAGUAUCAUUCACCGAAUUGUCUCCAAAAAUUUCAGAAUGGGCUUUGCACUUCAGAAACGUGUCUGUUGAAGAGAGUGGGAAAUAUGAAUGUAGCUUUACUUUUUUUCCAGAGGGCACUUGGACAAAGAUCCAGAACUUCCUUGUGCAGACAGAAGUUACACAAGAUGAGAGGGGUGGCAACUAUACAGUCGAAGUAUUACUCAAUGACACGCUGGCAAUCCCAUGUUUUCAAAAUAUAUCCUCAGUAGCUUCAUCUGGGAUUACUGUUGCUUGGCUGAUGGAGGAAAAUGGAAUGCAAGAAACUCUCAUCAUCCAAAACAACACCUUUCUGAAGAAUAGAACUGUCCUUCUUAAAGACCAUGGACUCUACCUGUCAUCAGUUGAAAUCUUUGAUGAUGACAGAAAGUUUUCCUGCCAUGUUACAUUCCAAUCUGGCAAAACCCUGAAGAAUGUCACCAGAAUUAAAGUUUUUGCUAAACCAGAAAUUUCUAUGAACAUGCAGCAGAGCUCCAUUGAUAUCUGGGAGGAGAAAAAUUUUAUCUGUUUGGUGAGGAAUGUAUUCCCCACGGCAAACCUCUCAUGGUAUAUAGAUGGAGAGCUUCUUCAAAAUGAAAAAGGCAUAUACAUUACCACAGAAAAGCAGAAAAGUGAUGAAGGCUUUUAUGAACUAACAUCUAAGUUGAGGGUUCUGAAGAUGAACCAGACAAUUCAACCCAAUAAUUUGACAAUUUGGUGCAUGACUUUGUUUCCUGUCCCUGGAAAUGAAGUGUGGAAUAUCUCUUCUAGAAAAAUAGCUUUUUCCUUCGCUUAUGUGAAUACUCCAACAGAUCCAUCCAAUAUCACGGCAUCUACUUUCUCCACUUUUACAUCUCCCACCAGCAGCACAGGCACAGCAGGUUAUGUGAAUACUCCAACAGAUUCAUCCAAUAUCACAGCACCGGCCAUCUCCACCAUUGCCCCUUCUCUCAGCAGCACAGGCAGGCCAGAGUACCUCAGUACAACUUCACCAACCCUGGAAGAGAUGAGUUCCACGCUAUCAAAUCCAGACUCCACUUCCCAUAGCCACCAGUUCAAUACUAGCAUAACUACACAAAGUUAUCCAGACCAUAGCAAGAUGGAAACAGAACCAACCCACCAGUACAAUUCCAGUACCACACAAAGCUAUCCAGACCAUAGCGAGAAGGAAACAGAACCAAAUCUGUGGCUGUUCACUUUGAGCUACAACUCAUCCCCUUCAGAAGCAGGCACAACAUUGAAUGAUCUGUGGCUGUUCACUUUGAGCUACAACUCAUCCCCUUCAGCAGAUACAACAUUGAAUGGUACUGUGUCUAAUAAGCCGAAGAGUGGAACAUCCUGGCCAAUGAUCGUAGCAGGCUUGCUUUUUAUAUGCGUCUUUAUAUUGGGUCUUGGAAUAAGAAAGUGGUGUCAGUACUGGAAGGAAAUAAUGGAGAGACCACCACCAUUCAAGCCUCCACCACCGCCAAUCAAGUACGCUUGCAUCGGAGAAUCAGUUGGAGGUGAUCUGCCCUGUCAUGAGAUGGAAACUCUCUGAUCUUUCCCCUUGGGACUUUACUGAAUAGCAAUACCUGGCCUCUAUCCUGUUGAGAAGAUAAGAGAGUUGGUGUUUUACGUUACUCUGGCCCAUCUGUCAAACUUACACCACAGCAAAAAUUGAUGUCAGAUGUGAAUCACCUCUUUAUUCAGUUGCUAACUGUGCCAUCUGCAUAUGCCUCAAAUUGAAACAGGAUGCUUGGAAAUGUCUCUAAGAUCAACGGUACUCAUUCCAAACAUUAUCGUCUUCAGAGAUUUUAUUGGCUUAAUAAGAGAUAUAAUUUAAAAGAUAUAUCCUUUCAACUUCCUACUGCAGCUGAAAAAUGUUGACGUUUUUCAUUUUAACUGUGAUUAAUAUGACAGCAAUGGCUAUAAGCAUAUGGCAGACCCAGAUCGACCCUCACAUUUUUUUCUGCCAGAAUUCUGAGCUAUUUAUUCACACAAAAAUCAUCUUUGAAUUUUUGCUGGUUUGCUACAAAAACUGAAAAGGAAAACAAAAGUAGAAGUAAAAAUGCCUAGCAAUGAAGCAGAAUAAUGAAGAGGUGAGGAUGACUUCAGCAACAGCAUUCCAAGUGGUUAUUUUCACCCCCAAAAAUUGACAUAGGAUUUACAAGAGGCAAAAAUCACCAAAUGUCUUUUUUUUCUUUACUUUU